CCAGCCCUGCCCCAUCUCCUCCCCCAAGGCCUGGUCUCCUCACAGGACGCCCCCUCCCCGCUCUUCCUGCCGGGUUUCCUCUUGCCUUUUCCUGUCCCCCACCCAGUGCUGGGAGCCGGGGCAGAGGAAAACACUUUUCAGAGGGAUUGGGACUUUACGGAGGCCAACGCCACCAGGGCCUCCGGGUGCUACAGGACCCGAAGCAGGGUAAGGGCCACAGCAAUGACCCAUCCAGGGACCUAGGAGUUCUUUGUUCUACCUACCCCUCUACCUCCCUGGGAUCCAGGAGCCAGAAUUCAUUCUCUCUUCCGUUCCCAGCCCCCCUCCUGUGGCCUUAGGACUUGGGGCCUUACCCUCUUCCCUUAGGGCCAUGCUAUCUGGUGAACUAAAGGAGGGCGGCAGCCCCCGCUUUGGGAAACUUCAUCUCCCAGUGGGCCUGUGGAUCAACUCCCCAAGGAAGCAGCUGGCCAAACUGGGGCGACGGUGGCCCAGCGCUGCCUCUGUCAAGAAUGAAUUUCUAAGCAGACAACUCCAAGUUGGAGGUCGAGAGCCAGGGAAUAGCCUCUGUGAUUUUCGUUUUUCUGUAGGCACAAAUGCCCCAUCUUGGCGAACACAGAAGAAUCGGUCUCGGGCUGCAUCUGGUGGGGCGGCUCUGGCCAGCCCAGGUCCAGGAUCAGGCUCAGGGACCCCCAUUGGGUCCGGGGGCAAAGAGCGAUCUGAAAAUUUGUCCCUGCGUCGCAGUGUGUCUGAGCUGAGUCUGCAGGGGCGGAGGCGCCGGCAGCAAGAACGCAGGCAGCAGGCACUUAGCAUGGCUCCUGGGGCAGCUGACACCCAGAUGGUACCAACAGACCCUGGAGACUUCGACCAACUGACUCAGUGCCUCAUUCAGGCACCCAGCAACCGUCCCUACUUCCUUCUGCUCCAGGGCUACCAGGAUGCUCAGGUUAGCCCUAUCUCCCCUAGUCAUAGAGCCACACCAGACAUGGUUGGUCAACAAACCACACUACCAAGAAUGCCUUGGGUUGAGGCCUUUUCCAUUAUAGUGGCAGUUCCCAUAUUGAGGAUUGAACACAGGCCCUUGCCCCUGCUGGCAAGUGCUCUGAGCAAAGCCCCGAAGCCUUCACUAGAAAAAAUUAAAGAAAUUGGAGACCGCCAGCCAGAGAACCACCCCGAGGGAGUUCCUGAGGAGCCUCUGACGCCAGAGGCUGUGUCUGUGGAGCUUCGACCACUCAUACUGUGGAUGGCCAACACUACAGAGCUGCUGAGCUUUGUUCAGGAAAAAGUUCUAGAGAUGGAGAAAGAGGCUGACCAGGAGGGCCUGUCCUCAGACCCACAGCUCUGCAACGACUUGGAAUUGUGUGAUGAGGCCUUGGAUCUCCUGGAUGAGGUCAUCAUGUGUACCUUCCAGCAGUCUGUCUACUACCUCACGAAGACUCUUUAUUCAACACUGCCAGCUCUCUUGGACAGUAACCCUUUCACCGCUGGGGCAGAGCUGCCAGGUCCUGGUGCAGAGCUGGAGGCCAUGCCACCUGGACUCAGGCCUACCCUGGGUGUGUUCCAGGCAGCUCUAGAACUGACCAGCCAGUGUGAGCUGCACCCUGACCUUGUGUCCCAGACUUUUGGCUACUUGUUCUUCUUCUCCAAUGCAUCUCUUCUCAACUCAUUGAUGGAACGAGGUCAAGGCCGACCUUUCUAUCAAUGGUCUCGAGCCGUCCAAAUUAGAACCAACUUGGAUCUCGUUUUGGAUUGGCUGCAGGGGGCUGGGCUGGGUGACAUUGCCACCGAGUUCUUCCGGAAACUCUCCAUUGCUGUGAACCUGCUAUGUGUGCCCCGCACCUCCCUGCUCAAGGCUUCAUGGAGCAGCCUGAGGACUGACUACCCAACCCUGACCCCUGCUCAGCUCCACCAUCUCCUCAGCCACUACCACCUGGGUCCUGGCUGUGGGCCACCUCCAGCCUGGGACCCACCACCUGCAGAGCGAGAUGCUGUGGACACAGGGGAUAUCUUUGAAAGUUUUUCUUCGCACCCUCCUCUCAUCCUGCCCUUGGGCAGCUCGCGCCUGCGCCUCACGGGCCUAGUGACAGAUGAUGCAUUGCACCGAGAACUUCGCAGGCUCCGUCGCCUCCUCUGGGAUCUUGAGCAGCAGGCCCCCCCCCGCCACGGACCCCCGGUGGCUGCGAGUCCUUGAAAACCAAUGACAGAAGAAUGCACGAAGCUUGAAAGGCAUCUGUUCUUAUGGGCGCCUGCCUGGGCGCAGACCAUUCUGGGAGUUGUAGUUUUUCCCGCGUAGACCGCUGGGAGGUUGAGUUGUCUGUUUGAUAGAGGAUGGGACUCUGGGAAGAUGGGCUUGGAAUAUGAAUACCAAGAAGUAAUAAAAGUAUCUGUGGUGUUGACCUUGCUUGAA